CCUCCGUAGCCCUUGCCCAGGCGCGGUAGCCAACGCUUCCCUCAUACCAGCCAAGUUCUUCCCCUUUCCCCUACAUAUCAUUGUUCCUCCUUCCCAUGUCACCGACCUGUAGUCUAUAAAUUCAUCACGUACACCCGCUCGGGUUUCCUUCUAAACCUUCAAAACAAGUCAAAUCGUCCCCCAACUUACACAUUUCGCCAUGUCUUCCCGUAAGAGAAAGCAAGAAGAGCCUGAAGAGCUCGUCGCUCUCCCCAGUGACGAGAGCGAAGAAGAAGAGGAAUAUAUCUCAGAAGGCGAUGACGACGAAAUUGAUGAUGAUGAAGAGGAUGAAGAGGAAUACAACGAAGAGGCUGAGCCUGAAGCCGACGGCGAAAACGGUGUCGAACCAGAGAAAGCACCUCCUUCAAAGAAGCGCAAGACCGCUCCUGCCUCAAAAGAAACCGCCCCCGCGGUCGAUGACGAAGAAGAGGUGGACCCCGAAGAGGAGUUCGAGGAAAAUGGUGAUGUCGAUGAAGAUGAUGAUGAGGGAGAUGAGGACGAUGACGAUGCCGCUGAUGAUGCCGUAGAGCAUGUGAAGGCUAAAGUCAAAGGCGCCGCUCCUGUCGCUGAUCUCGAAGGCGACGAGGAUGAAGUCGUCGGAGCAGGUGGUGAUGAGGAGGAUUAAAACACCUCUUGUCACCUCUUGUUGCAUGUGCUUCAGC